UUUUAUUGAUUUAAACUAUAUUUUUAACAACUUCAGUGGUAAUAUAUAAGAGAAAAAUAACUUUGAGUCAUGCUGCUGAUAGUAAGUUUGUUUCUCCUGCUGCGGACGUCAAUAGCGGUGUUCUUCCACGAGAAGUCGUCGAUCGUCAUAGCCCCUGCUGGAGAGAGUAAUGAUAUUAGCUUCGGCUACAGUUUGGGCUACCAGGGUGGGGACAAUGCAAGUAUUGUGAUCGGUGCGCCUCUGUACGACGAUACUGGACGGGUAUACCAGCGGUCCGUACAAGAUAUCUUGCAUGGAGAAACAACUUGUAAUCCGCUCGAUAUCGACUUUGCAGCUUUAAAUAUCACCUAUAACCGUACUCUCAGUCCAGACCAACACUUUUACCUGGGUGCUUCCAUAGCUGCAACGGAAAAGCUUUUUGUGACGUGUGCACCACUGCGGACCGCAUACGGCGCAUAUUUUGACGGGGAUGGGAAGAAGACGAAAGACGUGUUCGGGGCGUACGGGGCCUGUUUCACCUACGAUAGAAGCCACAAACCGCACGCGUGCCAAAACUACGGUUUGGAACACACGUUACAGAAGAAAAAAACUAUGGAUGUUUACGCAUACGGCAGUUCUGGUUGGAGUGCCAUAAUAGAUCAAGACAAGAACAAUAUAAUUAUAUCAAAGUCUUUCAACACUCCUGAUCUAUCUUACAGCACUUUAAAUCCAAGUCACAAAUACAAAGCUUUGUCAUUGAACCCAUCAUUAGCACUUGAAAAAAAUGAUUUUACAAGUUUUGGGAAAGCGAUGACAUUUGGAAAUUAUUUCGACAAGGAUAAAAACAAGACUUUCUACGCUUUUAGUUUGAGAUAUAUGUCUGGAAAAGGAGCGAUUGCUUUCUACCAUAGUGACGGCACGUGGAAACCAUUACAAAGCCCGGACUCCACCGGCCGUCGCACCCGCAAGCCAUACAGGCUGGAGGAUAAACAUGUGGGCAGCAUGUUCGGCUCGGCGUUGGCCAGCGCCGACGUCACCGGUGACGGCGCAGUGGAGCUGUUCGUGGGUGCGCCCGCGCAAGUCUCGGAUGCGCGCAGCGCGGACAGAGGCGCGGUACAUGUUUAUACUAAAUCAAAAUCGGAUAAGCGAGAAAUGGAAUUGAAACUGGUAAUUUGGGGGGUUAAGGACAACGCUCGAUUCGGAACUACGUUGUCCACCAACGAUGUGGAUGGAGAUUCCUAUCCUGAAAUAUAUGUUAGCGCUCCAUUCGAAAACUCAGGUGUUGGAGCAUUGUACAUCCUGUGUGGGCACGAAAUAAAAAAUGUGAAAGAACCAAAGAUUCUAGUCUCUGAACUGAAAAGAACACAAAUAAUUAAAAAAGAAACUCACACAAUCUUUGGAUUUAGUCUUCAACCAGUGAGCGACUUUAAUGAUAAUGGCAGUGAUGAACUAGGCGUGGGCGCACCGGGCAAUUCUAGAGUGACAUUGUUUUCGGGGAUCCGAGCCAUUACGGUGAAUGUAACUUCGAAGAUUUCUGACUCAGUGUUGGAUCCUGUUUCUGGGUUUUCUACUCUCAUCUUCUCCUCAUGCGUUACUGUGGAUUUGCCAGUAAAACCGAGAAUAAUCACUACAAAGUUAUUGGUAAAAAAUGUGAUAAGCGGGAAUGGGGCAUUUAAUCACAGCGGCGAAGCCACCUACGAAAUCAAUUUAGCGUCGAAAGAACACAGUCUUGAAGUCGGUAGCCUCAGAGAAUAUUGUAGGAAUAUCACUAUUGUUGAUGCAUCUUUCUGCAUCGUGAACACAACGGUAUCAACUAUAGAACGUAUUGAAGAUCACGAAGAAUUUAACGAAACUUGGGUCACACUGAGCGCAGUGAGCGAGUUGACAAGAUCAAACCGUUUCGAGUGCGUUUGUCCAAAACCAGGUUGCGCGCCCGAGCUUAACGCAGAACUGCGAUGGUCCGGGAGCAAUUAUACCAACGAAGUAACCGACUACCUCAUCGGAUCCUCCAAGUUCGAGACGUUGAAAGUAGCGGUCCACAACACAGGCACUAAAGGCUGCAGAAGCUGUACUGUAAUACGCGUGCGCGGUCUGGAUCAUCAGCUACAAUGCCAACGCGAGCGCAACGAUGUUCGCUACAUGUGCCCUCUGGAGAGCUUCAUGGGAAAUACUACCAAGACCAUCGACAUUCAGCUAGUGAUGGACACACUAAACAACCAGGAAAACAAUUUCACUGUCGACGUGGAGGUUCGAGACGAUUGUGAGGAGCCGGGACCAAUGACUACCCUGACAGUUCCGUACAAUUUCACCAAAGUGUUCAACAAUGUCAUCAUUGAUGGAAUUUCUAUGAACCGUGAAAUAGCAGACACGGAAAUUCAGGAUGAAAGGGAAGGAAUUCUCUUCCACGAACAAACUUAUACAAUCUUUAACAACCAGUCUUUUAUGUGGAAAAAUAUAUUGGUAAAUGUCACAGCAAAGAACAAGCCAUACAUCCAGAACUUUAGGGUCGCUAUAAAGCAAACUGACAAGUUUGCUGAAUAUAAUGGCACAGAGGACUUUUUGUGGGGAUGCGUUCUCAGUUUAGCCCCAUAUUCUAUAACUAAAAUUUCCAUUUCUACUAAUAUUUUGAAAAAGGAACUCGCACAAUAUCUCCAAAAAGGGAACAUUACUAUACCAUCAGAGCUUGUGCUAGAAUUACUCCCACAUAAGACUAAGAACAGAAACUUAACAUCAGUGCUGACAUUCAAGACAGAGAAGACAUUCUGGCAUAACAAACCUCUCAUCAUCAUGGUCUCCCUUCUUGCGGCUUUUCUGGCCCUGGUUAUCAUCACCGUAAUACUCUACAAGCUUAAAUUCUUCAGAAGGAAAAAUAAAGAAAAGCUUAAGCAAGAAAUAAGAAGGCGUAGCAUACGUCGAGAAAGCAGUCGACGCCAUGCACCAUCGGAUGCCGAUGGGACUCAAGCUCAACCCGCUGAUACAGUGGACUUAUCGGUAGUGAAAGAAGAAUCUUGUGACCCUACCAACACAAUACAAGACAGGACAAGUUGCGAAUCUACCCUCAACGCAGCGCCGAGCGACACUGCACUGUCCGGUGCGCUUACGCAGUGA